AUGAGGUACGGCUUGGUGGUCCUCACCGCGGGCUUCACCGGAUUGUUAAGUUUCUGCCUUUUGGCCGUGGCUAUCGGGACCGAUUAUUGGUAUAUUAUUGAUGUGAAUAAGCCUAACUCCACUGCGUCCGAGGACUAUAAUUCACAUUCUGGACUGUGGAGAAUCAAUGAAGGCGCAAACAAGAGCUCGGUUAUCCCCUCCUUCAUGGCCAACACGUCCGGCCUGUCAGAUGUGGAGAAGGACCUUCUCAGUUUGCACAAGAUGGUGGUGAUCAUUCUGCCCCUCAGUCUCAUCCUGCUGGUGUUUGCGUGGAUAGUGGGGCUUGUGAGCUCAUUGGCCUGCAGUCCCAAGCUGUUAGCAGGAUCAGCGGCCUAUAUACUCUUCUGCAGUCUCUUUACUCUGUCUGGCCUCUGCAUCUACAUCCGCUAUUCCAACCAGGCCAUGGAGGAGUUCCAGCGGGUCGUGCCCCCACAAACCCUCACUUACGUGGACGCAUCUUUUGGCUGGUCCCUUGCCUCUGCCUGGCUCUCCUUCAGCCUCGAGGUGAUCACUGGGCUCUUGCUGUUGCUCGCUGCGCGGAUCUGCCAAAUGAAAGGACACUAUGAUUCUGGAGUAGCUAUUGCCAUGCUAUAAAGAGUUAUUUUUGUUAUUUAAAAAA